AUGCGUCGGUCCGACUCUGCGAUGUGCGAGAGGGACUACCGCAUGCAGCUGAAAAUUCGCCGUGCAAAAGACCGUCGAGCAAGGGCGGAAGGUGUCGUUCCGAUAAGUGGCAUCCAUCUGAAGUUUUGGCGCAUCAUGGUCGGCUGCUUUGCAUUUCUCAAGCCUGCCCGCGGUGGCAAGAUCGCCAAGAAGCAAGACGGCUGCAAGUGCGAUCGCAAGGACGAGUCUCUCUCGACGUCCGGUCGCGUGACGAGCACGAUCAGCAACGCAGAAAAGACCCCGCUCUCGGCGUCCAUCUACUACGACGCUUGCAAUCCACCUCCCUUCUCGUCCGUCGAAGAAGCAUCGCGAUGUUGCGGAGGUUUCACUUCGUCCACCCUCGUGCACUCUCACCUGCCUACCUACGGUGACUCGCAGAAGCACCUUCACCACUCGGUGCGUUUCGCCGAAGGUGCAACCGAUAGCAAGCUCAGCGAUGUCAUGCAGGACGUGGCCAAGACGAUCGAUACAGAGAUCGAGAAGCUCGAUUCGGAGUUGAGGAAGUUGUCGUUAGAUAUGCAUGAUCAUCCAGAGAUCAUGUGGGAGGAACGUCGAACGCACGAUUUGUUCGUCAAGUACUUUUCGGGUAAGAAGGGUUGGAAGGUUACACCUCAUGCGUAUGAGCAGGAGACUGCGUGGGAGGUGGUGUUUGAGCACAAGGCGAGCAAGGAUUCUCGUGUGAUUGGGUUCCAGUCGGAGCUGGAUGCGCUUCCUGGAAUCGGUCAUGCCUGUGGACACAACCUGAUCGCCAUCUCUGGUGUCGCUGCUGCGCUGUCUGUAGCAGCUACGCUCGUGUCGAAAGAUAUUCCGGGCACGGUGGUGCUGCUCGGCACGCCGGCGGAAGAAGGCGGUGGAGGCAAAAUCCGUCUCGAAGACAAGGGAGCGUACAAACGCAUGGAUGCGUGCCUCAUGGUUCACCCCGCUCCUGACUCUGGUACUGGCGCCAUGCUCGCCGUCCAACCCGUUGUUGUCACCUACAAAGGACGAACCGCCCACUCCGGCGCAGCCCCCUGGGAAGGCAUCAAUGCGCUCGACGCAGCCGUCCUCGCCUACAACAACGUCUCUGCCCUCCGCCAACAGAUCCAACCCACCGAACGAGUCCACGGCAUCAUCAAGGGCAACAACUGGGCUCCCAACGUCGUCCCCGGCGAAUCCACUCUGAUCUACAACGUCCGAAGUCCCACCGUCUCGGGUCUCAAAGCGCUCGUUGCGCGAGUUCAAAAAUGCUUCGAAGCAGCUGCCCUCGCUACGGGUUGCGAAGGCGUCUACGACUGGCAGACCGCCUACGCCGACGUGCACAACACUCCCAGCCUCUCGGCGACCUACGCGGGGGUGAUGAAGGACAAGUUCGACCUGGUGGUGCCGGACGAACCGUUUGCCGCAUCGACGGAUUUCGGGAACAUCACGUAUGCCCUUCCGUCGUUGCACGCCGAGUACGCGAUCCACUUGGACGACAGGAAGACGCAGGGUAACCACACGGUCGGAUUCGCAGACGCUGCCAGGACAAAAGAGGCUCACGAGAGGACAAAGGAGGCGGCGUUGGGCAUCGCCGUGACCGGCGCGAGGGUGUUGGUCGAAAAGGAGUACAGGGACGCCGUUUGGGAUGAGUGGAAGCGAUGGCGAGACGGUGCCGACGGUCCGUAG